GUCCGGUCCGGUUCGGAACCUCCUUUACGAUCGCCCCCAUUAACCUCACACACACAGAGACUCCAAUCGAGCCACGCACCGCCAUUUCUCCAAUCUAUAGAGUCUUUGUCUCCUCCACAACACAGACCAUCCAUUUUUGGUCACUAUUCAAUCCUCUUCAAUUUUAGUACUAAAUGCUAUCUCAUCCAUAUCAAUCCCCUCAUUUUACAUUUCUUCUCUAAAGGUCGAAACUUCUAGGUUUAUAUUAUUCAUUUUCCUUUAUAAUUGGAGGAGAAAGUUAGAAAAGGUCUCUUUUUGUAUGGGAAAAGGAUGCCAGAUUUAAGAGGUGGAGUUCGUAGAUCUAAGAGGGUCAACAAUGUCCAGGAGAAUCCUGCUGUUUUAGUUCCAACUACUCGGCAUGGCAUUGGAAGAGGUAAUGGCUCCAAAGCCGCAGUCCUGAAUACAUAUACCAGGCCAAGGCUGGCUGGUAGAGGCAGAGGUCGUAGAGCAAUGAAUCAAAAUAAGAAUGCUGAGCUUUUUGAUACUGGUGGUGGUGAUGAGAGGCCCACUGAUUUGAAUGGGGAGGCGAGAGCAGUGGCCGCUAUUCCUAAUGAAUUGGCAGCAGAGAAAUUGGCUGCUGUUGAGGAGGAAGGAAGCACAAGUCCACUUCCUCAAAGGGUACAACUUGGCAGUUCCCCUGUUUACAAGUUAGAUAGAAAGCUGGGCAAAGGGGGCUUUGGGCAAGUUUAUGUUGGAAGACGGGUGACCGGUGGAUCAGGGCACACUGGCCCUGAUGCUGUUGAGGUUGCUUUGAAAUUUGAGCAUCGAAAUAAUAAAGGAUGCAGUUAUAACCCGCCUUAUGAGUGGCAAGUUUACAGGUAUGCAAGAAUUCAUUGCACUCUUAAUGGUUGUUAUGGAAUUCCUUUGGUCCAUCACAAAGGUCGCCUAGGAAACUAUUAUAUUCUUGUUAUGGAUAUGCUAGGCCCAAGUUUGUGGGAUGUUUGGAAUACUAAUAACCAGAUGCUGUCUGAAGAGAUGGUUUCUUGUAUAGCAGUGGAGGCAAUAUCAAUCUUACAGCAGCUUCACUUUAAGGGUUUUGUGCAUGGAGAUGUAAAGCCAGAGAACUUUUUGCUUGGUCAGCCUAGAACUCCUAAUGAGAAAAAGUUGUACUUAGUAGAUCUUGGUUUGGCUUCAAGAUGGAGGAGUUCAUCUUCUGGUUGCCAUAUUGAUUAUGACCAAAAGCCUGAUGUUUUCAGGGGGACAGUGCGUUAUGCAAGCGUACAUGCUCAUUUGGGCAGGACAGGAAGCAGAAGGGAUGACCUCGAGUCACUAGCUUAUACUUUAAUAUUCCUCCUUAGAGGGAAGCUUCCCUGGCAAGGUUUCAUUGGUGACAAUAAAGGAUUCCUUGUUUGUAAAAAGAAGAUGGGGACUCCUUCUGAGAUGCUUUGUUUCCUAUGUCCUCCCCCUUUUCGACAAUUUCUUGAGAUGGUGACCAACAUGAAAUUCGAUGAAGAGCCCAAUUACUCAAAGCUUAUUUCACUUUUUGAAGAUGGCAUAGAUUCCAAUGCAUCCUUGCGACCCAUCAGAAUAGAUGGAGCCUUAAAGGUCGGUCAAAAAAGGGGGAGCUUGCUUGUGGAUUUGGAAGAUUGUGGGCAACCUUGCAAGAGAGCUCGACUGGGUGCUCCAGCUACUCAGUGGAUCUCAGUCUAUAAUUCCAGAUCAUCAAUGAAACAGAGAUAUCACUACAAUGUAAUAGAUUCGAGACUUUACCAGCACGUGGAGAAAGGAAAGGAAGAUGGUUUGUACAUUAGCUGUGUUGCUUCUUCAGGAAAUUUGUGGGCGGUCAUUAUGGAUGCAGGGACAGGUUUUACAUCCCAAGUCUAUGAACUCUCAACCAUUUUCAUGCACAAGGAAUGGAUAAUGGAGCAUUGGGACAAGAAUUAUUACAUCACAUCCCUUGCCGGUGUGUCCAAUGGCAGUGCCGUGGUGGUAAUGUCUAAGGGGACAAGUUAUACUCAACAGUCAUACAAAGUUAGUGAUAUAUUUCCUUUCAAAUGGAUCAAUAAGAAGUGGAAAGAAGGCUUCUCUGUUACCUCCAUGUCCACUGCAGGUAGCAGAUGGGGUGUCGUAAUGUCCCGAGCUGCUGGUUAUUCUAAUCAGGUUGUUGAACUUGAUUUCCUUUAUCCAAGUGAAGGAAUUCACAGAAGGUGGGAAAAUGGAUAUCGAAUUACGUCAACUGCUGCCACUCCGGAUCAAGCUGCAUUCAUACUGAGUACAUCCAAGAAGAAAUUGGAAGAUGUAACGCAAGAAACUCUGCGGACAUCAGCCUUUCCUAGCACCCAUGUUAAGGAUAAAUGGUCAAAGAAUUUGUAUAUUGCAUCCAUCUGCUAUGGGAGAACGGUAUCUUGAAGUGUAGGAACUGAAGAAACUGGUUGGCUGCUUCUGGAAAAACCCAUCACUGCCAUUUUGAGGGCAUAGAUUAAUAAAGCUGAUUACAGAAGUGUAGAGUCGCUCAAACGUUGAACAUAUACAGGAGCUCAAAAUGUGCCCGGUGUAAUGGCCUACUUGUUCCUGUUUGCCUCCAGUUUGAAGAAUGGUCUCUAAGAUGCAGUUCAAAAGCCAACACGUCUAUGGACUUUCCCCUAGAUGUAAGGAAAGUGAUCUUUUUUAUUUUUAUUUUUAUUUUGUGUUCUUUUGGGUUUGGUUUAUAACUCAGAAGAAAGAGCCCCAUAGAGCCAUGUCAAAUUACAAAAAUGUUUUGUUUGUGCAAUUACCAACAUAUAUACAAGUAUAUAUAUAUAAAUCUGAGUGGGUGCUGCACUAAAAUUUCACCCCAAGAUAAUGUUAUGUGGCCUUUCUAAGCACCAAACAUCAAUUGUCAUAGCAAUUUAUUUAUGGGUAAAUUACAUUGACCUCCCCAAGUAAUGGAAAAUUUACAUAUCAGUCCUCAUCUACAA